AUGGCGACAGAGCUGAUCAGUAAGCUGAACUUCCUGGAGGAGGAUCAGGACACGCCGCCUGCCCUCUGCUCCAAUCCCUUCGAAGAGCCAGAUGAUGAUGUUGAUGACCCCUCCCACCCGGAACACACCAAUCUCUUCAACCCGUUCGGUGACCCGGAUGAUGAUGAUGGUAGGCAUGACCUUUGACCUCUAUCUACCUGUUCUGUCUCUCUCUCUUUACCUCUACCUCUGUCUCGCUCCGUCUCUUUCUCUUUUUUAAAAAUAAUUUUACCCCCCCUUUUCUCCCCAAUAUUGUGAUAUCCAAUUACGAUCCAAUUACGAUCUUGUCUCAUUGCUACAACUCCCCAACGGGCUCGUGAGAGGCGAAGGUCAAGUCAUACGUCCUCCGAAAACAUGACCCGCCAAACCGCGCUUCUUAACACCCGCUUAACCCGGAAGCCAGCCGCACCAAUGUGUCGGAGGAAACACCGUCCAACUGACGACCGAAGUCAGCCUGCAGGCGCCCGGCCCGCCACAAGGAGUCGCUAGAGCGCGAUGAGCCAAGUAAAGGCCCCCCCAGCCAAACCCUCCCCUAACCCGGACGAUGCUGGGCCAAUUGUACGCCGCCCUAUAGGACUCCUGGUCACGGCCGGUUGUGACACAGCUUGGGAUCCAACCUGUGUCAGUAGUGACGCCUCAAGCACUGUGAUGCAGUGCCUUAGACCGCUGCGUCACUCGGGAGGCCCAGUCUCUCUCUCUUUACUGUAUGUCUACCUCUCUAUAAGGGGUUAGGGGUUAGCAGAUUUACACUACAUGCUCGUCGAAAAUUUCAUUCCAAAAUCAUGGGCAUUAAUAUGGAGUUGGUCCCCCCUUUGCUGCUACAACAGCCUCCACUCUUCUGGGAAGGCUUUCCACUAGAUGUUGGAACAUUUCUGCGGGGACUUGCUUCCAUUCAGCCACCCAGAUUCGUCCAUCCAUCGGACUGCUAGAUGUUAAAGCGUGAUUUAUCACUCCAGAGAACGCUUUUCCACUGCUCCAGAGUCCAAUGGCGGCGAGCUUUUACACCACUCUAGCCAACGCUUGGCAUUGCGCAAUGGUGAUCUUAGGCUUGUGUGCGGCUGCUCGGCCAUGGAAACCCAUUUCAUGAAGCUCCCGAAGAACAGGCAGUUUGGAACUCGGUAGUGAGUGUUGCAACCAAGGACAAACUAUUUUUACGUCUUCUGCACUCGGCAGGUCCAUUCUGUGAGCUUGUGUGGCCUACCACUUCGCGGCUGAGCCGUUGUUGCUCCUAGAUGUUUCCACUUCACAAUAACAGCACUUACAGCUCUAGCAGGGCAGAAAUUUGACGAAAUGACUUGUUGGAAAGGUCGCAUCCUAUGACGGUGCCACGUUGAAAGUCACUGAGCUCUUCAGUAAGGCCAUUCUACUGCCAAUGUUUGUCUAUGGAGAUUGCAUGGCUGUGUGCUCGAUUUUAUACACCUGUCAGCAACGGGUGUGGCUGAACUAGCCGUAACCACUAAUUUGAAGGGGUGUCCACAUACUUUUGGCCAUGUAGUGUAUAUUAUUAUGGGGACAAAGUCAUAGACUGAUUGUUUAUCCUCUAUGAGGCUUUAUAUUGUGGUUUCUAUCCAAGUUUAAUGACAUAGUUGUUGAAAGAUGUCUUUAUUGUUCUGAGGUUGUUUUUAUAAAGUGCUUCAUGCCAAACUAAAUGUUACCCUUUUGUUUGUUGUUGAGCUGUCAAGAAAUCUCACGUAGCAUUGUGAAUCAUUUGUGUGUGUGUGUGUUUAUGUAUUCUGUCACUAAAGCAGAAUACUGUCAGACAGACAGACAGACAGCUAAGACAAUAUUGACCCAUCUCUCUCUCUCUCUCCUCUCUCUCUCUCUCUCUCUGUCUGACCACCAUAGUAGACAGACAUGACACUCCUCUCUCUUUCUCUCUGUCAGUGCGUCUUUCUCUCUCUCUCUCUCUGUGUGUGUGCGUGCCUGUGUAUGUCUCUAACCCUCUCUCUCUCUCCCCCCCAGACACAGGGCCCCCCUCCCUCACCCUCCGACAGGACCAAGAGGCCUAUUGUGACCAAGAACCCUCCAACCCCUUCGACGAGGACGAAAACAACACACACUCACACACAGAGUCCAACCCGUUUGACCAGCCCGACCAGGACCCAGACCCCCAGGGGCCCCAGGUCCAGCAGCCGGAGGCUCCCAAACCCAGGGGGAGGAAGGGGGUCAGGCCGGUGGAUAUGAGCAAGUACCUGUAUGCUGAUACUAACGCACCACCAGAGGACCAACUGGAUGAGUAAGUUACAGGGGGGAUGUGUGGGGUGGGUCGGUGUGUGUGUGUGGGGGGGGGGGGGGGGGGGUUAAAGAGUGUGGGGGUUAAAGAGAGAGAGUGUGCGUGUGGAGAUUCUUCAAAUAGCCACCCUUUGCCUUGAUGACAGCUUUGCCUACUCUUGGCAUUCUCUCAACCAGCUUCAUGAGGUAGUCACCUGGAAUGCAUUUAAAUUAACAGGUGUGCCUUCUUAAAAGUUGUGGAAUUUCUUUCCUUCUUAAUGCGUUUGAGCCAAUCAGUUGUGUUGUGACAAGGUAGGGGGGGUAUACAGAAGAUAGCCCUAUUUGGUAAAAGACCAAGUCCAUAUUAUGUCAAGAACAGCUCAAAUAAGCAAAGACAGAUUACAGUCCAUCAUUACUUUAAGACAUGAAGGUCAGUCAAUACGUAACAUUUCAAGAACUUUGAAAGUUUCUUCAAGUGCAGUCGCAAAAACCAUCAAGCGCUAUGAUGAAACUGGCUCUCAUGAGGACCGCCACAGGAAAGGAAGACCCAGAGUUACCUCUGCUGCAGAUGAUAUGUUCAUUAGAGUUACCAGCCUCAGAAAUGGUAGCCUACUGCUGCAUUGGCCUAUAGGCUCUGAGUUCCAUGUGCUCGUUUCUUUAGCCGCCAAUGGAUCACGGUGUAUCAAUGGCAUUUAUCCUACAAUGGCAGAGGCUGGUGAUCUUGACUUUUAAUUGUAAUUUUUUUUUGCAUUUUAAUUGAGAAUUUUAUAAUGAACCACGUGACAGUGAUUUUGAGAAACGAAAACGAUAUUAUUGAAAUAAAACUGUUACAUGAAAAUGCGCAUAUGAAAAUCAUAACUGGCACACAGAACGGUAGAAAUGGUAGGAUCAAUUGUAAGCUUCCCCAAACUUGAAAAUCACACGCCGCCAAUUAAGUCUUUAUAAAAGAAUUGCCUCCAUGUUUCCAUGGUCAUAUUUAGCCUAAAGGCUAUUUUGAAGCAAGGUAAGACAUGCCUCAUAAUAUGAAAUAAAACUUUCAGGUUUCAAACAAUUAAGUAUUUUCAAAAUGCCUCCAACUCACAUUGUAAAGUGGUGGGGGAUGUGCUGAUAGCCUGUUGCCUGCACUUGAAUGGUGAAUGGGAGGCACGCUUCAAUUACCAGUUGAGAAAUAAAAAUAGUAGCUCUUUUUAAUCGUGCACCAAAACUGUUUUUAACACACGAUUACAUUUAGAAUUGUUGCGCAAUGAAUGGGCUACUGAAAGCACAUUUUACUCCAGCAGCAACCCUCAAAAUAGUCUCUGUAUGUUGUGUGUGUGUGAUAGUUGUGUUGGAUAAAUAAGAUACAUGAUGACUAACAAAAACACACACACAGGCCAAUUUAAUUCCACUCAAUUAUGCAAAUUACCUAUAGACCGAUAAGCAUGACGGUCAAAUGUAUUUCCAUCGACUGGUAUUUCCAUCAAUGAAUAAAACUCUAUGGGAUUUUUUUUCUCCCGGUCAUUUCGGCCAGCAACAGUUUUAUUUAUUGCCUUUAAAAAAAAAUGUGCGGACAAAAGCCGUCAAUUGCCAGCUAACGGAAACCCUGGUGUGUGUGUCUGUAUAUGUACGUGUGUGUGUGUGUGUGUGUCUGUAUAUGUACGUGUGUGUGCGUGCGUGCGUGCGUGCGUGCGUGCGUGCGUGCGUGCGUGCGUGUGUAGCCUUGUGAGAGUUACACAAGCCCCCCCCAACCCUGAGACACAGUGACUAGGGAGCUCUUUCAGAAACAAGGACUCUGUUGUUCCCUGCAUUCUUUCUGCUUGUCUCCCCCCUCUAUCACCCUCUCCUUCCCCACUCUAUCACCCUCUCCUUCCCUCUCUCCUUCUCCCUCUUCCACCCCCUCUAUCCCCCCUGCAUCCUUCCCCCCCCCUCUAAACCCUCUCCUCUCCUUCCCUCUCUCCUUCUCCCUCUCCACCCCCUCUAUCCCCCUCUCCUCCCCCCCUCUAGUCCCCCUCCUCCUUCCCACCGCUCUCCUUCCCCCCCCUCUAUCCCCUCUCCUUCCCGCCCUCUAUCGCCCCCCCUCUAUCACCCCCCUACUAUCCCCCCUCUAUCCCCCCUCUACCCUCUCCUCCCUUCCCCCCCUCUAUCCCUCUCCUCUCCCCCCCUCUACCCCCUCUCCCGCUCCCCCCUCUCUCCCCCCCUCUACCCCCUCUACCCCCUCUCCUCUCCCCCCUCUAUCCCCCUCCUCUCCUCUCCCCCCUCUACCCCCUCUCCUCUCCCCCCUCUAUCCCCCUCUCCUCUCCCCCUCUAUCCCCCUCACCCCCCCUCUAUCCCCCUCUCCCCCUCUAUCCCCCUCUCCUCCCCCCUCUAUUCCCUCUCCUCUCCCCCCCUCCCCCCUCCCUCUCCCCCCUCUAUCCCCUCUCCUCUCCCCCCCUCCCCCUCCUUCCCCUCUAUCCCCCUCUCCCCCCCCCUCUAUCCCCCUCUAUUCCCCCUCUAUCCCCUCUCCUUCCCCCCUCUAUCCCCCCUCCUCUCCCCCCCUAUCCUCCCCCCCAUUUUUCCCCCCAUUUCCCCCCUAUUUUUUUCCCCCCCCCCCUCCCCCCCUCCCCCCCAUUUUUUCCCCUCAAAUUUUCCCCCUUCCCCCCCUCCCACCCCCCCCCCCUACCCCCCCCCCUUUUCCCCCCAACCCCGACCCCCCCCUCUUUCCCCCCCCCCCCAUCCCCCUCUCCUCCCCAAAAAUUGGAAAGUAAGGCGAUAAAACCCCAUUUUUUUUAAUUGGGGUUUUGGGUUUUGGGGAUAUUUGCUCUGGUGCCCUUUUAACUUUGUCAAACCCCAGAAUAAUAAAAAAAAUACGGAAAACCCCCCAUAAAUUCCUCCCCCAACCCCCCACAACCUUCCUCCUCCCAAAAAAACCCCCCAAAGGGGGGGCCCCCAAACCCCCCCACAAAAAUUUUUUUCCCCCCCAAAAAAACCCAAAAACCCCCCCCAACCCCACCAAAACCCCCCCAAAACCCCCCACAACACCCCCCCCCCCAAACCCCCCAACCCCAAUCCACCCCCCAAAACCCCCACAACAAAUCCCCCCCCCAACCCCAAACACAACAACCCCGCCCAAAACCCCCACUAAAAAACCUCCCCAAACCCCUCAAAAAAAUUUUCCCCUCUCAACCCCCUCACUAACAUUCCCCCCCAAACCCCCUCCUUUGUUCCCCCUCCCAACCCCCCACAAGGCACUCCUAGGGUUAAAUUUAUCCCCAUUUUUUUUUUUUUGUUUUCCCCGGGAACGUUCAAAUUUCCCCCCUUUUUCCCUAAUAGUCAAUAUGUUAUAAGACACUAUAUAGGAAAUGGUGCCAUUUUGGGGCUCGGGGGCUCAGCCCUAACCCCGGGGGAGCAGAGGGGAGAGCUCAGUGUUUUUUAAAUGGGCUGCGGUAUAACCCCGUUGGGAAAAAGUUUUUUCAUGUCACACCAAGAGUGUAACCCUUUAAAAUUUCCCCCGCCCAAGUGGGGGAGUGAUGAAACUGAAGGCAAAGGGCCUUUUGGAAAGCUUGGAAGUUGUGCCCGCAAAAACCAACCUAAAAAAAUUUUUAAAUUACCUAAACAAGCUACAUGGCAAUCUCGUCAGGUAGCUAAACAUAGUUACCCUGCUGGCGGCACUUUUUAUUUGUUUAUUUUUUUCGAAAAAAAUUUUUGAAAUUUCCCAAAAAAAAAUGUUUUUGUUAGGGGAGCAUGUUUUUAGGCUCGUCACUAUGAGUCUGAGACACUUUGAGCGUCAUAUUCCCAUUUGCCACAUCUAAAAUGAAUGUUGUUCCCAUACCAAAUUUUUAGUAGCUACAUGGGAAGCGUAGAAUUUUUUUCCCCCUGCCGGAAGACAGUCAUUUUUGAUUUAAAAAGGGCCUUGGCGGCCCCACCAGUUUGACACGUGAAAUACAUUUUCAUUGAAUUGGGGGGGGUCAUAACAAAACCCCCCCAAUGAUCAAAAUGUUCAUUUUUCUCCUCGGGGCUAAAUCCAGGGGCCAGGGGGGGAACUUUGGUUGGGAAAUUUUUAACCCGCCACUUGAUGGCCAAACAAACUGCAUCCGGUUUCCACGGGGUCCCCCCGGGGGAAAAUGGCUAGGGCCCCAGGGGGUGAGGGGGGGAAAAAAUUUCAAAAUUUGGGCGCAGCCUGGGUCUUUUCACUUGUCUUUUAGCCAAGGCAGGUGGGCAGAUGAAUGCCCCCAGCUCAUGGCUCUGUUUGCUUUUCUUUCCUCUCCCCCUUUUUUUCCUCCUUUCUCUUUGGGGGGGGUUAGAAAAGACCUGAACCCUUUUUUUUUCAUUCAGCCUGAUACCUAGCCAAACCCCCCCUUCCCCCAGUUCUCUGGCUGUGUGUGUGUGUGAGUGUUGAAUGAGUGACGUGGAGCGGUGUAACCCGUUUUCCAAAAAAAACCCCCGGGGACUGUGUAUUGAUUUAAAAUCCUUUUGUGUGUUGGGGGUCAAUGGCCAGCGGGGAGUCGGGGGUUAGGUCCCCUCAGACUGACCUCAGGCCCUGGGGGUCCCCGUGUUUUCCCAAACCUCCGUUUUAACCCCAAGUGUGGUUUUUGUUUCCCUUUUUAGUUUUGCUAGUGGUGGUGGUUCUGAGGUUCCCACUAGUUGUGGUUCUGAGGUACACACUGUGUGGGGGGUUCUGAGGUAUACUAUAGCUGUGUGGUGGUUCUGAGGUACUACUAGCUGUGUGGUUUUGAAGGGGGACUACUAGCUGUUUUGGGGGGGUUUUGAGGGGACUACUACUGUUGGGUUUGAGGUCUACUAGCUGUUUUGGUGGUUCUGAGGGUUUUUUGCGUGGGGGGGUUCUGAGGACUACUACGGGGUGGUUGGGUUUUGGGGGACACUAGCUGUGUGGUUCUUUAGGUAAACUGCUGUGUGGGGGUUUUGGGGGGACCCAAAUAGCUUUGUGGUUUGAGGUACUAAUAGCUGUGUGGGUUUUGAGGGGGCUACUAGCUGUGUGGUGGGGUUUUUGAGGGGACUUUAAACUUUUGGGGGGUUUUUGAGGUUUCUACUAGCUGGGUGGUGGUUCUGGUUUUUACUAGCUGGGGGGGGGGGUGGUUCCCGAGGGACUACUAAUGUGUGGUUUUGAGGUCUACUGUGGGGGGUUCUGAAUCUAAAUAGCUGGGGUGGUUCUGAGGGGGGGACUAUAGGGGUGUGUGGUUUUUGAGGUUUUACCGCUGGGGUGGUUUUGAGGUACAACUACUUUGGGGGGUUUGAGGUACUACUAAACGUGUGGUUUGGUUUUGAGGUACUACUAGCUGGUGGGGGUUUUUGAUUACUACUAGCUGUGUGGUUUUUGAAAGGGGCCCAAUAACUGUGUGGUUCUGAGGGAAAUUCUAGCUUUUGGGGGGUGGGUUUUGAGGGGCCUUUCUAGCUUUUUGUGGGUUUUUGAGGUACUACUAGCUGUGUGGGGGGGUUUUUUAGGUACACUAGAUUUGGGGGUUCUGAGGGGGAAACUAGCUUUGUGGGGGGUUUUUGAGGUUAAAUACUAGCUGUGUUGGGGGUUCUGAGGGACUAAGGGUUGUGGUGGUUUUUGGGGAAAUAAUAAUGUGUGGUGGUUUCCCGAGGUACUCUGCUGGGUGGUUCUGAGGGACUACUAGGGUGGGUGGUUGGAAAGGGAAAUAAAUACUGUGGGGGUUGGGGUUUUGGGGGUACUUACUAGCUGUGUGGGGGGUUCUGGGACUAAAUAGCUUUUGGGGGGGGUUUUGAGGGACUACUAGCUGGGUGGUGGUUCCCGAGGGAAUUUUCUAGCUGUUUUGGUGGUUUGGGAUUACUAGCUGUGUGGUGGUUCUGAGGUGCUACUAGCUGUGUGGUGGUUCUGAGGUGCUACUAGCUGGUGGGUUCUGAGGUACUACUAGCUGUGUGGUGGUUCUGAGGUACUACUGUGUGGGUUCUGAGGUCCCCCUAAAAUGUGUGGGGGGUUUGAGGGGCUACUACUGUGUGGUUCUGGGGUUACUACUAGCUGUUUUGGUUCUGAGGUACUUUCUGCUGGUGGUUCUGGGACUAAAUACUGUGUGGUGGGUUUUUGAGGUACUAAUAGCUGUGUUUUGGGGUUCCGGGGGGUACUAAUUUGUGUGUGUUUUUGAGGUACUACUAGCUGUGGGGGUGGGGCUGAGGGACACUAGCCGGGGGUUCUGGGUUUUAAUACUUUGGGGGGGGGUUUUUUUGGUUUUUGAGGUACUACUGCUGUGUGGUGGUUCGAGUACGGUAGCUGUGUGGUUGAGGUAAAUACUACUGUGUGGUUUGAAAGGGGCUUAGUGUGUGGUGGUUCUGAGGUGCUUUCUAGCUGUGGUGGUUUGGGGUUUUGAGGGGGAAUUUUAAACUGUGGGGGUGGGGUUUUGAGGUAACCCACUAGCGUGUGGUUUUUUCUGGGGGUACAAUAAGGUUUUGUGGUUUCCCGGGGUACUUUCUAGCUGUGGGGGUGGUUCUGAAAGGGCAAUUUGCGGUGUGGGGUUUUGGGGGGACGAAGCUGUGUGGUUCUGAGGUUACUAUUUGCUUGUGGUUCGAAAGUACUACUAACUGUGGGGGGUUCUGAGGUUACUAUACUGUUUUGGGGUUUUGAGGUUUCCCACUAGCUGGUGGUUCUGAGGUUUCUAAUAGCUGUGUUUUUUGAGGUACAAUAGCUGGUGGGUUUUGGGUUUCUACUACGGGGGGGUUUGGGUUUCUCUAGCCUGUGUGGUUCUGAGGUAAUACUAGCGGGGUGGUUCGGGGGUAAUACACUGGUGGUUUUGAGGGGAAUACUAGCUGUGUGGUGGUUCUCAUUACUACUUUUGCUGGGUGGGGUUUUUGAGGGAAAUACUAGCGUUUGGUUCUGAGGUUCCCACUAGCUGUGUGGUGGUUUUGGGGGGUACUACUAGCUGUGUGGGGUUCGGGGGUACACUACUGUGUGGUUUUGAGGGACACUAGCUGUGUGGGUUUUGAAGGGACUACUAACCCGUGUGGUUCUGAGGGCAAUAGCCCGUGUGGUUUUUGAGUACCUUGGUUUAGCUAGGGUUUGGGGUUGAAUGGGUUCCUAGUAAAGUACAGGGCUUUAAGGGGGAUGUAAAAUAAUGGCCCGUAAAAUUUCCAAAAAGGGGUUUCAAAACCUUUUUAAAAGCCAUGUCUCUCUCUCCCCCCCCCCGAUUUUUUUCCCCCCCCUUUUUUCCCCUCCUCCCCCUUCCCUUUUCCCCUCUCUUGGGCCCCUUUCCCCACCCCUCUCUCCCCUCCCUCACUCCUUGUCCCCCUCUCUCCUUCAGAUCCAACCCGUUCUACGAGCCCCGCACCUCCAGCCCAUCCCGGCCCUCCGGGGGCCCCUCUCCAGACUUCAGUAGCCAGAAGAGGAGAGCCCCGCUGCCUCCCAGACCUCCAGGCCCCAGCCCCUCGGCCCCCCAAAACCUCCGGGAGGGGGCCCGAAGGGGGAAAAUCCACCCAGGGGACCAGGCCUGGGGAAACCGUGGUGGGGCGAGAGCUGCCUUUUUCCUCCCCAAAGGUUUAAAAAAUUUAAGAGGGUAA